AUGAUGUUUGAUGCUGCCGCAGAGUCGCUCAUGCGAGACCCGCAGUACUUGCUGCGACUAUACCACAAAGCCAUUCAGACUCUUGUGAAGUGUGAAGCUUCUUCGUUUCUCCGCUCCCUAUCCUCGUCAUUUAUACAGACUGAUGCACGGUAUCGUGUGCGAUCUCGUAUGCACGCGGUCGAACUUUGGCCCUUAAAGGGCGUCCUACGCCAGAUUUUCCCGGCAAAUACCCUGAGUGAUAGAGAACUCCUAAUAAUUAUUGCCAUGCUGCCGCUUGAGGAAUAUGGAGAAAGUGGUGUGGCGAACGGGAGUGAUGAUAUUCGAGUUAGCCCUGUGAUGUUGUUGUUGCGUCUGCGGCAGAUGUGUCCUGUGCAGGCUUCUUUAUUGCUAGAAAUGUCUCGCUGCAUGGACGCUAGACCUCAAUUACCCCACCCCUGUGAUUCGGCGUGUGGUAAGGCACUGGCAAGGUGUGCAGCAGAAGGGGGCAGAGAAGCUUGUAUCCUUGAGAGAGCUACGGUUCUUGAUUUCCUGACGGAAUCCUAUGGUAUGACGCUUUCUGAGGCGUUUUGCCUAAUUGAAUACUGUUCCAUGGGACUGUCUUCCGCCUCCUCCUCCUCCUCCUCUACAGUGGCCGUUGACGGUGCUUACCUCUACGCGUUUCUAUAUCAAAGACCCUUGCCUUCGGAUGUGAGGUUUUCACUGCUUAUGUCAGUCUUCGCUGAGGCGGUUUGUGACCCAAAUAGAGCUGGGCCUUCGGGUACGUUUGCCCUUCUUGAAGGACUACGUCGUCUGUCACUAAAACCAGAUCUUAAUGUGAAGUUUAGCGAGCAUACCAGCGUUUGUAUCGAUGCUGGAAGGGAGCUUUCGAAUUGUUUUCUGACGCGUUUGUCUUUUGAGGAGCUGUGUAAGGAUCUGCGUGUUGGAUUGCUCCUAAAAGAAGUGCGUCAACUCUUCUUUUAUUUACGUGGAGAGGGCCACCAAGAACUUGUCUCUGUUCAUACGCUCCUUUGUGAAUUUACGCGGCAUUUUGUUCCGGUGAGUAAAUCGCUUUUUCUUAUUCUUGAAGAAGCCGUGCGGCGCUAUGUGGUGAAGAGUGGUGGCUUAUUGGCCCUCCCACGCCUUCACCUUGCGCUUCCUGCAGGUCCAAUUUCUAUCGCAACCUUCAUCAGUGUGCUCCGUGGGGCCGGCGUUCCGGAGGCUGUGAGCGACGUCGAGCUUGAGUGGUUGCGGUUCAAGGGACAGGAUCGAGAGCGUUUGGUGUUGCUGCUUUCAGGUGAAUUUCCAACAAAGCGGGAGGCCCUUGUCCGCCAACUAUUUGGCCAGCUAAAAAAACUGGGAAACCUUGCACGAGAGCAGGAAACUGUCGAGUUGGGGCGCGUGUUGGGACUUUUUCACCCUGAAAAGGUGGAAGGUGCGUUGAUGGGCGGUGAAGAAGAUUGGCGUCACGUGAUGAAGCAGUGUUUUGGCGAGAAGACAUCCACAAUGCUGACGUGUGACCACUUUCUUUACUUCUGGCGCGCCGUGUCGGCCGCCUGCAGCGAUGACUCUGUCUUCACGAUGAUUCUCUGGCGCUCCUUCAACAUGCACUCCAGCCACUAA